GAGAAGAGUUUAUAAUGAAUUCAAAGAGAUUUGGUGGAAACGUAGUGAUAUCCACGGCUGGAAUUAUAGGAAGAGAAGAGUUUAUAAUGAAUUCAAAGAGUCUAUUGCCGAUCAUAUGUAUCGAAUGGCAUUAAUGGCUUUAAUUGCUGAUGAUCUUCCCGGUAUUAACAGAGAAAGGUGCAUCAAGAUUGCCCUUGUGCAUGACAUUGCCGAAGCUAUCGUGGGCGAUAUAACACCAUCGGAUGGUGUACCUAAAGUAGAAAAGAGCAGACUUGAGCAAGCGGCUUUAAACGAGAUGUGCGAGGUUCUUGGUGGUGGAAAGAGGGCCGAAGAAAUAAAGGAACUUUGGAGGGAAUACGAGGAUAACGCCUCCCUUGAGGCUAAUCUUGUUAAAGAUUUUGAUAAAAUUGAGAUGAUUCUGCAAGCACUUGAAUAUGAAACUGGGAAGUUUCAGACCGAAAUCGGCAAGAGUUAGGCCGCUGAGAUCAUUGCCAGGAGAAAUUCAAGACUGGCAAAGAUGGGGUUGAUGUACAAGAUCCUGAUCAAGAAGUUCAAGAAUCCGACUCUUUAAGAAAGAAGAGUAAGAUACGUUAUGAAUAAUCAAGCUUUAUCUUGUGAUGAAGAGGAUAAUGAUCUGACCAAAAAUGAUGUAUUAAUCAUUGCAAAAGAGGU